AUGGCAGCAACCAACAGUGCUUUCAGAACAGAAACCAGAGAUGAGCAUCUUUACAAUCACAUAGAGUUGUUCAAUAGGUCGUCUUCACCAAUCGACGCUCCAGCAGCAAACCGUUACCAAGAUUGCAGAGAGCAACAACCGACAGAAAAUCAGAUCGCGACAGGUCAGCGUAUGUACAGUGAUUACAAAACAGAAUCCAACAAUGAACACCUUUACAAUAACAUACAGUCAAUCAAUGAACCGUCUUCACCGGCCACCGCAAGCCAAGCAGCAAACCAAACUUCCCACUGUACUUUUCGUCACACCCAACGAAGGAUGACAGCACUCAAUGCACUCAAUAGUGCUUUCAGAGCAGAAUCCAGCUAUGAAAAUCUUUAUGAUCACAUAGAGUUAUCUAAUAUGCAGUCUUUACCCAGGUGUUUACCAAGCGGAGCCCCACCAGUAAACCAAACUUACCAAGAGGAAGCAGUAUACCAGAAUGACGAAGGGAAUAACAGACCAGUAGCAACCAAUAGUGCUUUUAGAGCAGAACCCAACGAUGAACAUCUUUAUAAUCACAUAGAAUUAUCCAAUAGACAGCCUGUACCAAGCAGCGCCCAAACGGCAAACCAAAUUUACCAAGAAGAAGCAGCAAACCAGAAUUACGAAGGGAAUAACAGACCAGUAGCAACCAAUAGUGCUUUUAAAGCAGAACCCAACGAUGAACAUCUUUAUGAUCACAUAGAAUUAUCCAAUAGACAGCCUGUACCAAGCAGAGCCCCAACGGCAAACCAAAUUUACCAAGAAGAAGCAGCAAACCAGAAUUACGAAGGGAAUAACAGACCAGUUGCAACCAAUAGUGCUUUUAGAGCAGAACCCAGCGAUGAACAUCUUUAUAAUCACAUAGAAUUAUCCAAUAGACAGCCUGUACCAAGCGGAGCCCCAGCAGAAAACCAAAUUUACCAAGAAGAAGCAGCAAACCAGACUUACGAAGGGAAUAACAGACCACAAGAACCCAUGAGAAAUAUUGCGAUACGUCACCGUAUGUCAUUUGCUAUGAUAGCUGUUCUGGUCCUAUGCCUCUCGGCAGCGGUUGGUGCAUCGAUCAGUUUAGCCAUCAAGAUGUCUUCGGAAGGUAAUUUUUUCAAUUAAUUUGAAUAUGGCUAAUUCUAAUAAGACAUGUUUUUAAACCGGUUGAUCUGGAUUGAUCCAACCAUCUUUCACCCCGGGGGGAACUCCCAUAUAAAAGUGACGGGGGAGCUAAUAGGAAAAUUAAAAUUAUACCCCUAAGGGAUACCAACGUAGAUGUGGCUAAAGCUUAAACUGACCUCUAAAGGAGAGCAUACUAAAACAGACUUCAUGGCAUUUUUUGUAAUUUUUUUUUUUAUGUACAGCCCUAAGCGAUACCUAAAUAGGCAAAAUGUAGUGACUUUCCUUCCCAAACAUCCCAAGUGAGUCCAAAAUUUUUGCAAUUUACACGGCGUAAGCGAGACUACGAGCAUCCCCAGUCACUUUUAUAUGGGAGUCCCCCGGCUCUUUCACUUUAUUUCAUUGUACACAGCGGAUGGUAUUGGCCAUCUCUCGUUCCCUUUAACCAGGGCAUUCAGCACGUUUUAGGGUUUACAUCAUAUUAUUUUUAGGCCACAAGUACUUGGGUGACCGGAAAUCGUAUGAUCUUUAGCUCUUUCGUGAAUGAAUCUAAUGAGAUCGGCAAUAUUUGAUUCACUUUCAUUUAUAUGUUUGUGGCUGCGAUUAGCCUGUUCCAGGCUCUCAGAUAAUAGAAACGUUGCGAAAAUAAGACGCGCUCGAUCUGGGGAAGGGGUCGGUGCGCGCGUUUUUCGCAUAAUUGUUUACUGCACGACUACAGGUUACCAUCUUGGAGCCAGGGAACAGGCUAGGCUACGAUACGCUAAUAAGUUCCAAAACGGCGAAACAAAGCUGUCUGUAUCUUCCCUUUAGCUAUGAGCUCUUAACAAGACGAGUCUAAUGUUAAAUGUGGUACAGGGACGGGGAGGAGGGGUUCCCAUACAAAAGUGACGGGGAUCCUCGUCGGAAAUUUAAAUUAAACCCCUAAAGGCCUGGGGGGUACUCAAUACAGUAGUUUUAUACAAGGAGGGUCCGCUCCGCGGUCCAACCCCUUAUACUUUUAUAUACCAUUCAGGGCCACAGAAUAGAUUAUGAUGGGUUAGGGGUUCUGAGAGGCCAGCGGCACAUACCCAGCAAAAAUUGACCCAAGUAACCCCCAGGGCUGGUUUUUCAUAUCUGGCGUGUCCCACGUUUUAGCCUAGAAUAACAUAUAGAUUUAGCCAGGGCUAAAAGCGAAACUCUCUUUAAUACUUAUAGUUUCCUCAAAAAAAAUAAAUAAAUAAAAUCGAGUAAUACUAAAGAAACGGUGAAGACAACGAGAACGGUAAAAAACGACAAUAGAUCUAAUUAGCAAAAAGACAAAUUUACACGUUUAUUCUAAUUAGCAAAAAAACUACUUUGCACGUGCAGCACACUUUUUUUAGCAUUUCCUUGCCGUUGUUUUGCACGACUUAAACGUGGAACUUCUUUUAACUUCCUAGUUACACGUUUUAUGGAGGAAAUGUUUGUGUUCCCUAUCACUGUUUUUUCACUGCAGCUCAUUUCACCUUGGAAGUCGCUAGCUUUUUUCAUUUUCUCACCGCCGCUAUAUAAUUUUUAUGUUUUUCCUUCCAACGAAAUUGGCCUCCGUUGUUUUUUUUUUUAUUUCUCACUCUAGCUCUUUCCCUGUUAUCCACGUUAAUUUAGACAUUCAAAUUUAGUCUAAAGAAAGACUCGGCUUUUUUUGUUGUUGUUGAUUUUCUCUCUCUCUAAAAGUCUGGGUGGCCAUGUGAUUUACCGCCGAAACAAGCGGGAUGCUUGAAAUGAAAAAUUUCACCUCAGCUAACAUGAAAGGGCGGACGUACGUACGUACGGACGGGCGGGCGGACGAUUACGUCACAACCAAAAUUUCUUGGAUGCAUAGAUGACCGGUAAUAGUAGAUUAUAAUUAUUUUACUCUAUAUAAAGCUUCGAGUUUAACCCUUAAAAUAAUUUGACCAAAAAGGGUUCGCGUUUUCGUCUCUCUUCGGUGCCGCAUAUUUAUACUACGAAGUCACGGUUCGAGGUUGUCCGCUAUAGUGAGAAGUGAUUCAAUUUGCUUUUAUUGAAAUGGUGGAUGAAAAUUGAUCGCUCUUUUUGAUAUACAAAUCAUGUCCAGUGACAUACAAAUCAUGUCAAAGAGAAAGUAAAAUCAACCAUUACAGCUGAUUCUUAAGUCGCGAGACAAGCCGAUUGAUAAAACGGAUUACAAAGAGAGAAACGAAUUGCUCUUACUGGAAAGAAAACAAAAACUUAAUAACAGCCUGGAAACCACUAAGCUGAAACUUAUGUCAUGUUAGGCCCCUUUCAAACGUGGAAUUUCUUUCAGUAUGAGUGCCGAACACCUAUUUUUGUCGAUGAAAGUAAUAAAGGCACAAUUAAAUACGGCAGUUGAUUCAGACGUCGGAUGUGAUGGUGCCGAAUUUAACUCCGUUUGUUGUAAAUAUUCCCAGUCUCUACAAAUUUUUUUUUUUAUCCAAUAUGGAUAAGGUUUUCUACAACUAAUGCAUUAUAUUCGGCACAUGUGAAAUGCGACUUCUAAAUCAAAUGUUAAGCUUAAGUCGAAUUUUCGACUGUUUCAGUCGCAGAUUCGACAAAGUCGUAUUUAAUUUAAAACUGCCGAAUUUAGCUGAUUCAGUCGUUCCAUCUCAAAGCAGUUACCUCUCGAAUUCAAUUAGGCACAUGUGAAAAUCGAGGAUUGAGCUGGGUAAUGACAACAGUGUCCAGUAGUGUUGCUGAUAAUACCGGUAGAUACGCUAUUAUACAUACCGCAUUUUUUAUAUUCCUGUAAACUUUGCUUUCAAUUUACCACAUUAUGUUACAAUUUAUAUGCAUCACUCGGGUAAAAAAGAGAGUAGAAAAAAAUAUUUUUAAAAACAAAAAAAAAUAAGGUUACGAAGAAUUCGCUUCAAGGGGUUUGGAACCUGGGCCCUAAGAAAUAGUAGUUAGAACUAAGAGUUAACAUCACUAUCCACUGGUCCACCUCGGUGAACGCGGACAAUUCUAGUUUAAAAGAGAUAUAUAUUCCUUCUCUAUGGUGAUUGACAGUUUUCAAGGAUGACUUUUUCGUUUUUUUUUUUUUAAUUUCCGUGUAGAAUUAAAUCUUUAACUGGUCGAAGCUAGACGUAAAGAUCACAAUAAACCUAUUAAUAUUCUUUCAGGCUUGGUCCAUGCCGGGAAAUAACGUUGCAGAAAUUUAUAUGAACUAUCGAUCGCACGGCUACCGACUGAACCGUAUGACCGUACGAUUCUCUCCCUGCUCGUAAGGUGUCUUUUCAUCAGUCGGGGAAAACAUAAACACAACAUUGUUCAUCAUUAUUUUUAUUGUUUUAGGUUAGGGUAGCAAACCAUGUGGCUUUUAGGGUUAGAACAGCUGCUUCAAAAAUGAAGAAAAACAAUGUAGCCGCCAAAUACAUCCUUUUAGUUUUUUAAGUUCUCCUUUAUUAACAAACAUUGAACAUUUAUUUCAGCAAAAAAAAGUUAAGGUGAAAAAGGAUUUUACAAAAGUCUCAAGAGUAGGUCUCCUUUUCGAUUUUAACUUGAAAUAUUGGUCAAUUUACGCAACUUUUAAACUUCUGGCUCAGUUGUCGUUUGGUUCUGCUUUGAAAACGGAAUGAUAAUUACUCAGAAAUACAGUGUAAAGCAAAAAACUUGCCAAUUUAUGACAAAAAAAGGUACUUCAAAAACGAACUAAAACAAUGGCAAAUGUUAUUUUGUUGUGGUAUGACAGUCCUCUAGGUAUAAAAUUGUCAAAGUUAUAAAGCUUUUUAAAAAAUUACCUCAAAGGAUUCUGGGAGAUUUUUUUAUGACAAUUAUAAUUUACUUUUAUAAUAAUUGUUAUUGAAAUCCUUGUGACAUAGCCCCUUUAAGUUAUUAGUAUAGAGGGUAGAAGUCACGUCACGUUGCUAUGGUAGCCAAUUGUUUGGUUAACAACAAACCAAUAAAGUCACUUAAAGUCUAUUCGCACUAUUUCAAAUUUCACCGAUCUUAUUCGAUUUCAUUUAAUUUCCCAAAUUUUGGCGAAAUUUUCUUCGGAACCGUAUCUAUCGUUAUCUAAGUUUGCAAAAAGAAAGGGAAAAUUUUUCUGCUGCGUUCACCUACGCCAUAGAGCGGGCUUGCGAAAUUGGGAAGUUUCAUGUCGUAGUGGUGCAACGACGGCAAAGAAUUGUACAAAUAGCGUGAUGCACAUGCAAAGCUGAUUUUUUGUUAAUGUAAACGCAUUAUGUUUUGCCGUUCUCCUUGCCGUCGUUGGUUUUGCUGUCAUCCAGAAAUAGUGCUACCAUAGUAAAGUGACGUCACACUUCUCCUCUCUAUUAUAACUACGCAUAAUGCUAGCCAACCAUGCGUUCUAAAAUUUUUUUAGGUUGUCCCAGUGAUUGGACGCACGUUAAAAGCUACUGUUACUUUGUGAGUAAAGAACCCAAACAGUGGGGCGACGCCCAAACGUUCUGCGAAGAUCGGGGGGGAGAGCUAGUGGAAAUAACCAGCUUCGAAGAAAACGAAUGCGUAUUCAAACUUGUUAACAAGCGCGAGCCAUCUCUUGAACGGGUUUGGAUCGGGCUCAAGUAUUAUCAAGAGGUGAACAAGUUCCUAUGGUCUGAUAAGACAGCUCCAUACUUCAAGUACUGGCCGAAUUUCACUGAACCGCAAGGAAACGACAGUAAACCGUGCGUCUAUAUGUUCACUUUGAACAGUCCCGAACCAAGCAAGGCUGCGGGUUCCUGGAAUGAUGUCACCUGUGGGUCUUCCUAUGGAUUUGUGUGCAAGAAGUUGCAAUAUUUGAGUAAUAUUUAA